AUGACGUUUGAAGCCCCCAGUGACCCGCGGCGGGGUCCACUGAGAGGCUCCGGCUCCGGAUCCUUCUGCAAGACCACGUCAGUGUCCCAAGAAGAAGACUUCCGCGUUUCUUUUCAGCACACAGGCGUGGUAAAAAAUGGCAGAAAAAAUUCAGUGCCGAGUGAUCUUUACAAGCAUGUAUAUUCAUUUCUACUGGAGAACAAGUUUACCAAGGCUGCUCAACACUUCAUCAAACAAGCUAAAGUGCCACCCCAGAAUGAAAAACAAGAUGCCGGUCUGCUUGACAUAUUCAACUUCUGGGUGAAGUCUCCUGAAGCUAAGAAACGGAAGGCUCUGCCCAACGGUCCUGGAACAAGUGACAGUCCGUCUGCUAAGAAGGCAAAGACUGCGGAGAGCUCCAGUGAGGAGUCGAGCAGCGACGAGGAGGAAGCUGCAGUACCUGCCAAGGCCACACCCACAGCUACAGUGGCCGAGUCCAGCAGCAGCGACGAUUCCAGCGACGAGGAGGCCGCAGCGAAGAAGCCUGCAGCAACCAAAGCCUCAGUGAAGACCCCUGUCGCGGCAGCAACCAAAGCCUCAGUGAAGACCCCUGUCGCGGCAGCAACCAAAGCCUCAGUGAAGACCCCUGUCGCGGCAGCAACCAAAGCCUCAGUGAAGACCCCUGUCGCGGCACCAACCAAAGCCUCAGUGAAGACCCCUGUCGCGGCAGCAACCAAAGCCUCAGUGAAGACCCCUGUCGCGGCAGCAGUCAGGAAAAAGGACUCCAGCUCGAGCAGCGAGUCAUCUGAAGAUGAGGCUCCAGCUAAAUCACCCGUGGCCAAAGGAAAAGCUGCAGCCGCGACCGCCAAAGCAGUAGCUCAGAAGAAGGCUGAGACCAGCAGCAGUGAGGACAGCUCCAGUGAGGACGAAGCGCCCGCUAAGACCCCUCCAGCUAAGACCCCUGCUAAGGCAGCCGAGUCUAGCAGCGAUGACUCUUCUUCAGAUGAAGAGGAGACUCCUCCCAGCAAGAAGGCCAAACCAGGUGAAUACAGUGCAGUGCCACCCCCUGGAGCUGCCUUAAAGAAGGCCUUGCCUCCUACAGUGGCCAGCAAGGCCAAAAAGGACUGCUCCUCAGACAGCAGGGAGGCGGAGAAAGUGUCAGCAGUCCCUGUGAAGUCUACCCCAGCAAAGACGGUGACCCCUAAACCUGCUGCUGCUGCUGCUAAGAAGGCAGAGUCCAGCUCUGAGAGCUCAGACUCUAGCUCUGAAGAUGAAGACGCAACAAAGGCCCCGGCCAAGUGCCCCGCCAAGUCUGCCCCGGCCAAGUCUGCCCCGGCAGAAGAUUCUUCCUCGGACUCGAGCUCAGAGGAUGAAGAGGUGACAGUGAAAGUGGCACCAGGUAAGACGACUCCUACGGGGACCAAGGCUGCAGAAUCCUCCUCUGACUCAAGCUCAGAAGAUGAGAAAGAAGCUAAGAAGCCUGUUGCCAAGGCCGCACCUGCCAAGGCCGCACCUGCCAAGGCCGCACCUGCCAAGGCCGCACCUGCCAAGGCCGCACCUGCCAAGGCCGCACCUGCCAAGGCCGCACCUGCCAAGGCCGCACCUGCUAAGAAAGCCGACUCGUCAAGCUCAGACUCUGACAGCAGCUCUGAGGACGAGGCCCCAGCCAAACCUGCUGCAGCUAUUAAGAAACCUGCAGCAGCUACCAAGAAACCUGCAGCGACCCCCAAGGUCCAAGCCAAGGCUGCUGCAGAGAGCAGCUCGGACUCCGACUCUUCAUCUGAAGAUGAGGCUCCAGCUAAGAAGGCUACCCCAGCCCCUGUUACCAAACCAGCCUCCAAACCAGUCUCCAAACCAGCUGUUAAACCAGCUGCUGCAGAGAGCAGCUCGGACUCCGACUCUUCAUCUGAAGAUGAGGCUCCAGCUAAGAAGGCUACCCCGGCCCCUGUUACCAAACCAGCCUCCAAACCAGCCACUCCCGUGGUGAACAAACUAGCCCCAACUAAGGCCGUAGCCGAGAGCAGCUCCGAUUCUGACAGCUCGGACUCGGAGGACGAGGUCGCUGCAGCCAAAAAGACAACCAAACCUACAGCCGCAGCCAAGACUCCUGCUUCAGCCAAGACUCCUGCUUCAGCCAAGACUCCUGCUUCAGCCAAGACUCCUGCUUCAGCCAAGACUCCUGCUUCAGCCAAGACUCCUGCUUCAGCCAAAGCCGCAGAGUCCAGCAGCAGUGACGACAGCUCUAGCGAUGAGGAAGAGGCGACCCCAGCCCCGACUAAGAAGGCAGCUACGCCUAAAGCCUCCUCCACCCCCGCUGCCAAGGCAACAACACCGGCUAAGGCUGCCGAGCCGUCAUCGUCCCAGGACAGUAGCUCUGAGGAAGAGGAGGGGAAAGCACCGGCAGCAGUCACCACUCCCAUCACCAACGGCAAGAGAAAGAGAAAGGGGGAUGGAGAAGACUCGUCUUCUGAGAGCGAGGAGGAAGUAACGACGCCUAAAAACCAUAAAGUAUUACCAGCACCACAGACUUACCCCAAAGUCUCUAAGAAGAUCAAUGUACCUUUCCGUAGAAUAGUAGAGGAGGAAAUUGAAGUGGACAACCGUCUGGCAGACAACUCCUUCGAUGCCAAGCGCGGGUCGGAUGGAGACUGGGGCCAGAGGGCCAAUGACGUUCUCCGCUUCACCAAGGGGAAGUCCUUCCGUCACGAGAAGACCAAGAAGAAGAGGGGAAGCUACCGCGGAGGAGCCAUCUCCCAGUCCGUCAACUCCAUCAGGUUCGACAGCGACUGAGAACCUAGUCAUCACCAUCACCCCUCUUCAUCCUGUCGCUUGACCCCCCCCCGACCUGAUUGAGCCGAAACAUCAACUGAACUACCUACAGCUGUGUUGACAAGACGGUCACAUUGACAGCUGGCUCCCUAGUGAUUUUAGUUCAUAAGUCUGUGUUAAACCUUUUUUAAAGGUUUUUUUAUGGGGUAGAAGACGACACAAGUGGUCCUGAAAUGGCACCUUAUUUGCUUUGUAGUGCUGUUGAUCUGAUCGAGAGCAGUGCGCUAUUUAGGAUGCUGUCUCAUGGGUCAAGGCUGCAGGGGGAGUAGUGUGUCUCUGUGCUUUAAACGUGGUACAGGUUACUAAAGGGUUAAUGUCCUUAAGCUGCAUUUACAACCUAUAGCCACCUGGUGGCGGUAGUACGCCACCAAUUCUGUUAAAUAUCCAUUUAAAAGUGUAAACUGUUCUCAAUUUUUUUUUUUUUUUUUUCUCUCAGCCAUUAAAUCUGUUGCUUGUUGUAAUAUUGUUAGCCCGGCAUCUUCCCCCUUCUGUCCAGUGUCUUUUCAGUAUCAACAUUUUGAAAUGCUCUGUUCUUGUUGUUUUUAUCACGGUUUGGAGGAGGGGGGUUACUUGAUUUUUAAUGCAGACCAGGCCUUUUGAAUGAUGCCGUCCCCUACCAGAUGUUGCCGUCCUCUACCAGAUCUCACAACACCUGGAUAAGUAUUUAACCAACGGUCUGGAACGUGUUCGUCCGUCUCAUGGAGACCCAUCACAGUUUAGAUAUGAAGGUUUUAUGUACGUACUGUAAGCUGGGGGUCAUCCAACUGUUACUACGAGCUCUAUAGUCUGGAAGUAACUCCCUGGGUCAUGUUCGGUAUACAAAACGUUUGGAAACAGGAAAACACACUUGUUGUACAAGUCCAUGCUGUACCUACCUUUUUCACUCAGUUAUAAAACAUUCUCUUCACCCUCCCCUCUACUGAACAGGAUCUGGGUGUAUCUGAAAUGGCACCCUAAAGUAGUGCACUACAUAGGGAAUAGGGCCCUGGUCUAAAGUAGUGUACUAUAUUGGGAAUAGGGCUCUGGUCUAUAGUAGUGCACUACAUAGGGAAUAGGGCCCUGGUCUAAAGUAGUGUACUAUAUAGGGAAUAGGGCUCUGGUCUAAAGUAGUGCACUAUAUAGGGAAUAGGGCCCUGGUCUAAAGUAGUGCACUAUAUAGGGAAUAGGGCUCUGGUCUAAAGUAGUGCACUAUAUAGGGAAUAGGGCUCUGGUCUAAAGUAGUGCACUAUAUAGGGAAUAGGGCCCUGGUCUAAUGUAGUGCACUAUAUAGUGAAUAGGGUUCCAUAGGGCCCUGUUCUAGAGUAGUGCACUAUAUAGGGUGCCAUUUAAUUCCUGCUUAUGUGAGACUGCCCCCGUCGGUCUGGUAGACUG